AUGUCAAGGAAAAGAAAAUAUGUGGCGUACCGCGAUGAAUCCGACUCAGACGACCAUGCGACAACAGCUUAUGCCAGGAUGAUAGCAGUGUCGGCUGGUGGUUGCAGGCAAAUCAUCAUACCUUGCUCCCCGACAAAAUUCAAGGCAGGUGAUGUGCUGGAAAACCAAGUUGAGCCCCUGCAAAUGGAUAAUUGGGAGCCAACCCUUGGCGAUGACUUUGUAUUUGACAACGAGAUUGAGCCCCAACCCAUCAUGGUGGUCAAGGGACCAGCAAAACACUAUGCAAACUCGGAUGCACCUUUGCAUGAAUGGAUGGGCGUCAACGAGCGUGUCGGAUUCCGUGAAGAAUAUCUUCUUGAAGAGCUACGUCUGGAGGGCCAUGGUAGCUUAACAACGACACUGUGUUCAUGCAGCGAUAUCGAUAAUAACAUUAGUGCCUGUACAAGACGUGUUCUGGAGUUAUUCCUCAUCUUGACGUGGUCAAGCAAAGUAUCUGGCUAUGAGUUCUACGCUAGUCUCAAACGACUCACUGACAACACGGGUUUGAAUGUACCUAAGUCUCGGUAUAAAGAAUUUAUGAGAAUGGUUCAUCAAUUUUGCCAUAUCAAAUUAAUGAAGCAAGCUGGCUGUGGUAAUAUAACUGGUGGUAUUCAUGAGACUGAGCCUGGUGCAUUAGCCAUCAAGUGUCCUGCUUGUCCGCAACCUGCCGUAAACCUGCCAGAGGACUGGGACAAAGUGGAGGGAUCAAUGAAAUUUCUUUACUAUUUGAUUAUCGCUAUGGAUGCCAACUUCCGCCUCAAGAACAGGAAUCAAUUUUCUAGCAUGGCCAAUUCUGGGCUACACACAGGCCUGGCAUACUUUGUUCCUGACAAAUCUUACACGGAACACGUACUCAAGAAUGCAAGCCAAGCCGAUUGUUAA